AUGACAGAACUUGCCUAUGAAGCAUCAGAUGAAGCAUCUGAGAAUGAGCUAUUGGAUAAAAGUUUAUCUGUUUGGAGGGGAUGGAACUCUAGUAUUUUAGAGGAUGAUUUUUCUCCUGUUAAAAUUGAUAUACAUACAGCAUCAAGUAUUGGUCAAUAUGAGUCUGUUAAAUCACUUAUCAAUAAGCAUGAUGUAGAUAUUGAUAAGAGAAAUCGGGGUGGUUGGACUCCAUUAAUGUAUGCUAGCUAUAUUGGUCAUGAUGCUAUUGCUAAAUUAUUGAUAGAUGCUGAAUGUGAUCUCAAUAUGAAGAAUAAUAAGGGACAAACACCAUUAAUGUUAGCUGCUAGUUGUGGAAAUGAAGGGGUUGGUCAUAUUCUUGUCAAGCAAGAGGCAGAAAUUGAAUCAAUAGACAAAAAAGGUUGGACAGCUUUGUUCCAUGCAACUAAUUCAGGACAUCAGAAUUUUGUUCGAUUUCUACUGAGUUCUGGUGCCAAUAUGGAUGCUGUGGUUCCCUCAACUGGUGUAACACCUUUGAUGGAGGCUGCUGCUGAAGGUCAUGAAAUUAUCGUACAAUUAUUCCUUCAAUAUGGAGUCAAUGUAAAUGUCAGAUCAUAUAAUGGUGAUAAUGCUAGAUCUGUAGCUUUAAUCAAUGGCUAUAUGAAGAUAGUGAGUCUAAUAGAUAAUCACCUGAUGCCAAUAUCAUCAUUGAGAAUAGAACAAAUUGAUUUUAGUUCAUCUGAUGAAAUGAUACGAAGACCUAGACCACAAAUUAUUAAAGGUGUUGGACCCAGUAUAAGAGAUGGCCCAGAUGCUAUAGCUAAAUUAAUAGAUAGAUCUAAAGUAAACACGAACCAUAUACCUACUUCCUGUGUACCAAAGGGGUAUGUGACAUUCCCACAAUGUUUAGGAGAUCAAGGGGAGGAUACUCAGAUAUCCUAUAGAGAUGUUACUUCACCUAUAAAUCCAGAAGAUUAUACUCUAGAUAGUUCAGGCGGUAAAGAGGACUCAAAUGCAUUUUCUAAAACUGGUGCUAUCACUAUAAAAAGUAGCUCCAGUUCCAGUGGAGGCCUUGUUGCAGCAUUAGGCCUCAGUCGUGAUAACAGUUUAGAAAGCGAUGAUUGUCCUAGUAAAAAUAAACUUGACCUGAAACAAACAGUGAAUACACAAUAUAGUAGUGUGUAUGGUGGAAAUUAUUCUACAAAUCAAACAGAAACCAACACUGGUUCAAUAGAUGAUCGUACCUUUCCUCAGUUCCCUGGCCAGCAGAUUAUACCACCAAACUAUCCACAUGACUUAUCUACGCUUCUAGAAAAUCAUGGACUUUCUAAAUAUUUACCUAUAUUUGAAGAACAAGAUGUAGAUUUAACUGUAUUUCUAUCUCUAACUGAUAAUGAUCUUAAAGAAAUAGGUAUCAAGUUAUUUGGACCAAGAAAAAAGAUGACUAAUGCUAUAGCUAGAUGGCACAGUAAUGCUCCUGUUUCUUCAACUGGUCCUGAGAGAGUGUAUGCUGACAGGUUAGAGGGUGAAAUGCAAGAAAUGGCUAUACAACUGAGUCAGGCCUAUAAUAAUGUUGAUAAACUUAAAGCCCAGAUACAACAAGAGAAACAGUUACGUUCAGUAACAGAGAGUUGUUUAUUAGAUCAACAAGAGUCCUGGCAGAAUAUACAUCAUACUGUCAUAGAAACCAAACAACACUGUGAUUUUAUGAAAGAUAAAUUAAAGAAAUUCAAGUAA